ACUGUUUUCGUUUGGGCAAGACUCAGGAUGUGCACCAUUCACCAAAAAUAUCCGGAAAUUGUGGAUGGGAAUAGGUCUUUUCACGGUUAACUUUUCUCAAUCGUGCUACAAUUUGAUGUUGAGGUAUAUACGAAGCAUCUAGAAAGAAAUCAGAACUUACAAAAUUGCCCGAAACUGCCUGACAUCCAUGUUGUCUGGGGAUACCAUUUACCAAAAAUGACCGGAAAUUGGGUUUAGGAAAAGCUCUUUUCACGAUUAACAUUUCUCAUUUGUAAUAUAAGAUAAUCUCAAAUAGAUGCAAAAAUCAGGAAACUACCGGAAAUUGCCUUGCAUCCAAGUUGAGCAAAGUGGAACUGAUUCGAGUGACUUAAAAAAAAAAAAUAAGGCUCAAGACUAUUUAAGCAGUAGUUUGGUUUUGGACAUGUGCAAUGAAGAAACAAGACAAUCCUUUCGACCAAAAAUUCCGGAACAUGAGAGAUGAACAGCUAUCAUUCAAAAUCUACUCUGGUCUGGAAGCUCAGUAGCUUUCGUAUAGCUCGCUAGCUUUCAUAUAAACGUUUUACACUUGCCUUCAUUUUUAAACCGAGAGAACUCGGAAUCAUCUACAUGUAUUACAACCUUUGACCUGUCCUUUUCUAUCCUCCAGUCCUGUUACCUUGAGUUUGCAGGGUGAGAUACACCUUGCUCACCAAAAUGAUUGAUAAUUUCUUUUACAGUGGAGGAAAGGUCACCGCUGACAAUAACAGCACCUGUACCUAAACCUGAUCAAGGAAUAAACAAAGUUUUUCUUCAACAAGCCCUUGGCAGUAUUCUGCGUAAACGAGGCUAUGGAGCCUCUACAGAUGCUUGUUUCAGAUUCCUGGAUCAACUCCAGAAGAGUUGUGACGAUUUCAAUUCCACUGUGACUAAAAGAGACUGUUUCUCUAAUUGUGUGCCCAUGAAAACAGAUGGUAUUUGUUACAAACUAUGGGAACCCGAAUUAUACGGAGAAACUUACAUUCAGACAGAAAAGCGCUGGUACUACCGCCCAGCCACCCAGACCUGUUUACAGUUCAAUUACGGUGGUUGCCUUGGUAACGAAAAUAACUACAUCAGCCUGGAAGACUGCCAAUCAGCAUACAACUUGGCACCCGAAGUUUUUGACGAACGUAGUGCUGGCGGUAAUGCAGCUGGUAGUGCACAAGAUGCGAUCAACAGUUAUGGCACGUGCUCUAUAUUUGGAAUCGCACAUUACAACACCUUUGACAAUUUGACGUAUAGCUUCAACGGCAAAUGCAAUUACGUCAUGGUAAAAAUCCCAUCAGAACCGGACAAGCUGAAAGUGAUCGUCAACAAUGAUGCUCAAUGCGACCCUCUUACACCCUGCCAAAAGACGCUUACUGUUAUUGCUUACGGGGUUGAGGUUGAACUCGGUAAAAGAGAAAGCAAUGGGCAGUUUCUGGUGAAAGUUGACGGUGCAGAAAUUAAUAAGUUCCCAUAUCUACACCAGCCUGACCGAGCAGUGUAUAUUAGAGUCAUGUUCCCAGCAGAUGGCGCCAAGCAAUACAUCGUAGUGUCGACAAAAGACAAGGCGGAUAUUAUAUGGGAUGGAGAGCGGUCAGCAGAUAUUCAGCUCCCAGAAGAAUUCAAAACCAAAACUGCGGGUCUUUGUGGAACCUUCAAUGAUAAUAUCAAAGACGAGUUCACGGAUACUGACGGACAGGUCCAAGAAAAAGAAUAUGCGUUCGCCAAUUCGUUCAUAGAUAACAAUUGCGUGUCUGGCCCAGUGACUCCAAGACCAUGCUAUGAUUUAAAAGAGGCGGAUCAGAUGUGCUCGAAGCUAGAGGAGAACGUAUUUUCUGCCUGCAGCAGCGUCGUUGAUAGUUCUUAUUUGAAAACACUUUGCAUGAACGAUGUUUGUGCCAGCCCCCUGGACCAGCGUGACGACAUGGUGUGUGCCAUGCUCACCCGAUACAGUAGACAGUGUGCCUUGAAUAAUGUUGUACUAAGCUGGAGAGCACCGAACCUUUGCCCAAUAACGUGUCCAGCAACUAUGGUAUACAGUGAAUGUGCACCAGGCUGCCCAAAAAUCUGCAAAAAUCUCGACAUGAAAUGCUCCACGAAAUGUAUCCCUGGUUGCACCUGCCCAAAUGGGCAAUAUCAUGAUGGUAAAAAAUGCGUCGACAGGGAUCAAUGUUCCUGCUACUACCAGCAAGAAGGAAGGGCCCACCCAGCAGUUUAA